AUGGCGGGCUCAAUGCACUUGUCACGACUGCGGAACUGGUUCCUUUCCUCUCCGCCGAUCGAGCUUGCUAUCUCGAAUCUCAAGGAGCUUUUGGUUGGCGCACUCCGCCAGGGCCCGAUCCCUCAACAUGUGGCAUUCGUCAUGGAUGGAAAUCGCCGAUUCGCCCGGUCGCAUGGAAUUGAGACGGUAGAGGGACAUAAUCUCGGUUUUGAGGCACUGGCAAGGAUUCUUGAAGUUUGCUAUAAGAGCGGAGUGAAGGUCGUUACCAUCUACGCCUUCAGUAUCGAGAAUUUCAAGCGCUCGAAAUUCGAGGUCGAUGCUCUGAUGGACAUGGCUAGGGUGAAGUUGUCACAAAUGGCGCAGCACGGAGAUCUGUUGGACCGGUACGGAGCCAAGGUGCGCGUUCUUGGCCGACUCGAUCUCCUCAAGCCCGAUGUUCUGGCCGCUGUCAACAAGGCUGUCGAUUCCACUAGUCGCAACGGCGACCGCGUACUGAACAUCUGCUUCCCCUACACCUCCCGCGACGAGAUCACUGGCGCUAUUCGUGAUACCGUGGAUGACUACAGCACGCCGCUUGAGCUAAACGGCACUGCUCGAACCCCCUUCUCCGAAUCGCAUAUCAGACAUAAUAUACGUGCCCAGAAUCAAGGAUCCAAGCUACAAGACUCGCAGAGCGACUCUGGGUCUACGUCGGCGGAGUCUUCUACCCAGGACGACGAUUCGAUUCUGCGGAACGAUCGCUCCAACCGGGUCUAUGAGUCCGGCUCUUCUUUUUCAUCUUCCGCUACUCUUCACCUCGAUAAGAAUGGAUCUCAUGGAAAUGGAAAUCUAAACCACGGCGAUAAACCGACCUUCAUGUCUCCCGAAACUAUCUCCCGCCAAACCCUGUCUGACCAUAUGUUGACCAAGGGCACCCCGCCUUUGGACCUCCUUGUACGAACUUCGGCUGUGGAGCGCUUGAGUGACUUCAUGCUGUGGCAGUGUCAAGAAAAUACCGAGAUCGUAUUUUUGGACGUUCUGUGGCCAGAAUUUGACCUAUGGCACUUCCUACCAGUCCUGCUUCGGUGGCAGCGACGCAUAUCAAAGUCCCGACAGAACCCAGAUGCCGAGGGAAACUUUGCUGGUGAUAACGCAGAGCCCAGCGAAGAGGACGCAGACUCCAUGAUCUUGCGACAGAGCAAGAUGAAAGCUAUUUAG